CCUCUCUCUCUCUCUCUCUCUCUCUCUCACUCAGCCUGACACAUCGAUCAACACACCCAACUGGAAGAGGGGAGAAAAACCAGAGAAGAAAGAGAAAGAGCUUCGGUAGCUUGUGGUGGACGCCAAAGCCACACACCUCCUCCUUCCUGAAAACCCUAAGCUCCCCGGAGCUUGAUGGAUCCGUCCGGGUCCACUCGAUUCGACAUCUUUGAGAUUUAUCGCCGAUUCUGCGAUAUCAGGACGGGAAAUGGAUACGGUCACGGUGAAGGAUACAGAGAAAAUGAUGAUUCACAGAUGGCUAAAUAUUCAAGGGAGGCAUUAACUCAGCUCUUAUAUCUGGUGGAAUCAAAACUGCACGCUAGGAUAUCAAUUUUUGAUGAAGUUUUCAAGCUAAUGUUGCGGUUGGAUUCGAUGGUAGACUUUUCUGAAUUCUCACGUUUCUAUGAUUUUGUUUUCUUCAUGUGCCGUGAAAACGGUCAGAAGAAUAUCACUGUAAAUAAGGCGGUUAAUGCAUGGAGAGUAGUCCUAGCUGGGAGGUUUCGGUUGCUGAAUCAAUGGUGUGAUUUUGUUGAGAAAAAUCAGCGGCAUAACAUCUCUGAAGAUACCUGGCGGCAAGUUUUAGCUUUUAGCCGCUGUGUGCAUGAAAAUCUGGAAGGGUAUGAUCCUGAAGGAGCUUGGCCUGUUUUAAUAGAUGACUUUGUUGAACAUAUGUACAGACUUUUGUCGUGCAGGGUUUCCGGAUCUAACAAUAACUCUAGCUUCAACUGUAACUGUGGUGAUGCAGAAUCGUGGUCAUGUACAUAUGAUGACCCUCUUCCUGGCUUGAAGAUUUUACCUGGUUUGAAAAGGAAGUUACCUGGGGAGGACCUUCACAUGGAAGAAGUGGUGCCCUCGCCCGCCCUCUUCCCAUACUGUACAGACUGGAAUCCUGCAUUAAGCACUAAGAAAAGUCGGCCAAUGUCUUACAUACCAGCAAACUGGGAGGAGAGUACACCAGGAAAUACUGUGGAUGAUUCCAUGGAAACCAUAAGACAUAGCAGUCCAGUGAAUUCUUCCAAAUCUCCAUGCGCGGUUGAAGGGUGUCUGUUGAAGGGUUUUGCAGGACUGCUUUCUGCGCGGUCCUGUCUGCAAUUUGAUCGGGACAGGGGAGUUUCAUUUUCAAAGAGUCACAAAUAUCGAAAGCGUCUUUUACGAGGAGAUGCAGUUUAAUGUAGUUGGAUGUUUCCGAAUGCAAUUAGAGUUGUUUACUUGGGAUGUAGUCUUCUUAUUGAUUUGUUGGUUGAACGUUAAUAAUAGUCUUCUAUUCGGAUUUGACAUAAUUAAUAAAUUUAAGGGAGUUUUAAGGAAAA